AUGAGAUCAUCUCAGUAUAUUUGGCGCCCCUAUCAUCCGGAGACGCUUUGUGAUCUGAGGCGUUUUGCUUCAACCAUUCGCCUUCAAACGAAUUUUGGUGAGGCUACGCCGGCGCAGCGGCCCAAAAACUCCUUUUCACCCCUCUACGUCACUGAGCCCGCGUCGAAAAAAGGGUCAUUUUGGCGGUAUAUGCGAUCCGCUCGGGAUGAAGCACCCUACAUUGCAUUGGCUGUGGCUGGUGUGGGGUUCUACAGCAUGGCGACUCUUGCGAUUCCUGCGGGCUUUGGACAGCUUAUUGACUACGCCAGCAAAGGAGAACUACCUCUUGGGACGUCUGCGCAGCUGUUGGGAUGGUUUACCCUUUCAGGCGUAGCCAACUUUUUGCGUUUGGCGUGUAUUGGUUAUGCUGGAGAACGUGUCAUUGCACGUCUAAGAAGUCGCCUCUACAAUGGAUUUCUCGCUCAGCCGACGACUUUCUUUGAUUCUUCUGAAAACGCCACAGGAUCUUUGUUGCAGCGUCUUUCUAUGGACUGCAAUGUCGUGGGUAGCUCGCUCACAGAAGCUGUAACGCAAGGGAGUAAGAAUCUUCUUCAGACAGUGGGUAGUAUCGGCAUUAUGCUUUACUAUUCCCCAAUUUUGACGGGUGUGAUAUGUGGCAUGGUUCCACCCUUGGCGGUAUUUGCUGGUUUUUACGGUCGCUAUGUUCGGCGACUGCAGCAACAGAUGCAGGAUGCUCUCGCUGUAAAGGGAACCGUUGCGGCAGAACGAUUGGGUAACAUUCGUACUGUAAAGGCUUUUGCUCGGGAGUCUGAAGAAUUGAAAUGGUAUGAAAAAAAAGUCGAUGCUGUUUUUCAGAUCAGUAAACGCAUGUUGUUUUACAACGCCUCUUAUAUGGCUUCACUGCAGUUUGUGGGGUAUGGUGCAUUGUACUGCAUCAUUUGGGCAGGAUCCCUUCUUGUAGCGUCAAAUAAUUUGUCACCCGGGGUGCUUUUCUCCUUUGUGCUUUACACGGUGUACUGUGGUAUUGGACUCAUGGGUCUGACGAAUCUGGCAACAGAAAUCAACAAGGGGUACGGCGCCAGUUUGCGUAUUUAUGACGUUUUGGAGGAGGAGGAAUUACUGCAGAAGGCGCAGGAUAAAACAAAGGCGACGAUUCCUUUGGAGUGCAAGUGGAACAUCAAACUUAGCAAUGUGUCUUUUGCUUACCCGACACGUCUCGAAGCACCAGUCUAUGAAAAUUUGAAUUUGGAGAUUGCACCAUCGCGCUGCACAUGCGUGGUAGGUAGCAGUGGUUCUGGUAAGAGUUCACUGGCGCUGUUGCUUCUGAAGUUGUACAGCCCGACGCGGGGCACCAUUACUAUUGACGGCCACGAUCUGAGUAGUCUAGACACGCGUUGGCUUCGUGGUAAAAUUGGCUAUGUUUCUCAGGAGCCCGUGCUUUUUGGUGGAUCGAUUGCCCAGAACAUCGCAUAUGGCGCACCCGAUUACAAAUGGGACGACCCGAUUGACAGAUGGUUGUAUUCCUCCAUUGUUGACGCGUCCAUGCGUGCUAACGUACACGACUUUGUUUCAGCUCUUCCGCAAGGCUACGAUACUUUUGUGGGCGAAGGUGGCCGGUCACUCUCUGGUGGCCAAAAGCAGCGUAUUGCUAUUGCACGUGCGCUGCUGCGGGCACCCAACAUUUUGAUUCUUGACGAGGCAACCUCUUCUCUCGACACCGAGUCGGAGGUGGUGGUCCAUGAGGCAAUUAGCCGACUCAUUGAAGAUGCCAGAAGGGGUAAGGAGAAACGCACUGUUCUUAUGUUUGCUCACAAACUAAGUAUGAUUCGUAAGGCUGAUCACAUUGUAUUAAUUGACAAGGGGAAGGUUGCGGUGCAGGGAAGCUUUGAAGAAGUUCAAAAUAACCCCCUGUUCUGUCAGCUCGUCGGUCUGUCUCCAGGCAUCGUGCAUGGGCCCCUCAGUUCCACAGAGAACAGGCGAAAAUAG